CGGAGCGACAGGUCUCGGACCCCCAGGCGGAGCGACAGGUCUCGGCCCCCAGGCGGAGCGACAGGUCUCAGGCCCCCAGGCGGAGCGGACAGGGCGGGACCCCCAGGCGGAGCGGCGGGCGCCGGACCCCCAGGCAGAGCGGCGGGCACCGAGUCACCAGGCACGACAGCAGUGGGCACCAAGUCACCAGGCACGACAGUGGGCUCUGAGUCAAUUGGCACGACAGCGGGCACCGGGUCAUUUGGCUUGCCAGCGGGCACCGCGUCAUCUGGCAAGGCAGUGGGCACCGAGUCACCAGGCACGACAGCGGGCUCUGAG